CGCCAGAGAGAUCGGGGAAACUGCUAGCUAGACCCUGAGCUCCCCGCCAUCCCGCUGCCCAUUACUCGUGUAAACUUCCAAGCUACCUUUUCAAUAUACUUCUAUCCUGAACCUCACUUUGGCAUCGUAGCAUAUUCUCAACCUUUCUUCAUGUCGACCUUGUUCCCGCAAGCAAUUAAGCACCCAGCAGACCGCGAAUCGAUGAGGGUCUGCCAUAAUAUCAAACGAUAACGCGGGUGAAAGCAUAGAGACAAGUUCUCGCAGAAAAAAAAUAAGGAGAUAUGUCCACGACCAAGAUCUCGGAAGAGUUCAAGAUUCAGAGGGUAUUUCCAAUCCGGAUUCGAGGUCCUGGAAGCACAAAUGAUACAACUGGUGUUCCUCCACCGAAAUCUGACGACGAAGAUCAAUCUGACGAUAAGCCGUCCCCCCCUCCCUGCCUCGUGCGGCACGACUCUCAAGAAGACGAUGGCUUCAGUGACGAUCCACCAAAGGUCGCUACUUCGAAUAAAUUGGAAACUACAGCUCCCAGUGCUGGCCGGUUCGUGUCAAAUACAUUCAAUCUAGCUCCUGUUGAGGGGUCACGCAAUCCAGAAGUGGAGGCCGAUCAGAAGGUAUACAGAUGCGAGGAUGAACCUAUUCACAUCCCUGGGGCCAUCCAAAGCUUCGGAGCUUUAAUUGCAAUUAGGGAGAAUAAAGAUGGUAAUUUUAUUGUUCGAGUCGUGAGCGAGAAUGCACAGAGCAUCACUGGACUCUUGCCAGAAGCUUUAUUCGAAUUGCGUUGUGUCACCGACCUCUUGAUCAAGAGCGACAAGAAAGAAUUCAAAUCCCGCGUGCGUUCAAUGAGAGAACGUGAGCAGGAUUCUAGAACAAAUCCAGAUGUGUUCUCCCUUUCAUUAACCUCGCUCAUGGGAGCUCCGCUUUCUUGUUACAUUGCAAUGCAUUGGAGCGCCGAGUCAGACCUGGUCAUUUGCGAAUUCGAACUGAUGAAGGACAUCUUCAAUCCUCGUCACCCGCCCGACGAUGGCUUCCCAGAGGAUCCGGUUGCGGUCGUUGAGACUGAAGCAACAGUCGAGGAACGCAUGUUAUCCACAACCACGAAGAGUAAACCUUUGCAUGCAGUCCAAGUCGCGCGAGAAACUGAGCGUCAAAUCGGAUCCAUGGAGUUAUUUCACGUUCUGUGCGAAAUUCAGAAUCAACUUGCUGUACAGACAAAUUUACAAGAUCUCUUGGAUGUCAUCGUCGGCUUGGUCUACGAAUUGACUAGCUUCCAUCGGGUAAUGGUUUAUCAAUUCGACGAAACAAACUCCGGAACUGUUGUAAGUGAGAUUGUGGAUAACAGGGCAUCCAUGGACAUAUACAGAGGUCUGAAAUUUCCAUCGUCAGAUAUACCAAAGCAAGCUCGAGACUUGUACUUAAUCAACAAGAUUCGCGUCCUUUACGAUAGAGAUCAACCCACAGCCAGACUUAUUUGCAGGACUAGGGAGGAUGCCGCAACUCCCCUCGAUCUUACGCAUUCAUAUCUUCGCGCGAUGUCGCCUAUUCACAUCAAGUACUUAGAGAACAUGGGUGUACGAGCAACAAUGUCAAUCUCAUUGACAGUCGAUGACAAACUCUGGGGUCUAAUCAGCACACAUACCUACGGUGCGGGCAUGCGAGUCUCAUUGCCCGUUCGUGAGCUUUGUAGAGCAUUAGGUGAUCUAGCUAGUACGAAUAUUGAGAAGUUGAUCUACUCAACUCGGAUCAAGGCUCGCAAACCACUGUCAAGCACUCCUCCAAAAAAUUCUCCUUCGGCAUACAUUGCCGCUUCCUCAGGAGACCUUCUCAAUAUGUUCGGGGCAGAUUUUGGCUUUCUAGCCAUCAAGGGUGAAGCACGUACAAUUGGGAAAUUAUUUGCGUACAACGAAGCAAUCGUUCUCCUUCAAUAUAUACGACAGAAAUCAUUCAAGACAAUAUUCUCAACGAAUUGUAUCACCAAAGAUUGUCCAGAAAUUGAUUAUCCUCAGAAGUUCCAAGUCAUAUCCGGGAUGCUUGUUAUCCCUCUCGCAUUGUCCGGCUCGGAUUUUUUGAUAUUCUUUCGAAAGGGUCAGACUCAGGAAGUACAGUGGGCGGGAAAUCCAUAUGAGAAGAAGAGACGUGUAGGAAAUUAUCUUGAGCCCAGGGCUAGUUUCCGGCGUUGGAGUGAACGCGUCGUAGGACGAAGCAGAGAAUGGACAGAAGAUCAAGUUGAAUCUGCGGCUGUUUUGAGUACCUUGUACGGCAGGUUUAUCGAAGUCUGGCGUCAGAAAGAAGCCAUCGUGCAGAAGAACCGAAUGACCAGAAUUCUCAUUCGCAAUGCUGGCCAUGAAGUCCGAACUCCACUAAACAGUAUUAUCAACUAUUUGGAAGUGGCACUAGAAGAAGUGCUCGAUGAACGAGCGCGACAACACCUCCAGAGAUCACUGCAGGCUUCUAAGUCUCUGGUGUUCCAGGUGAAUGAUCUCCUGAACCUGACGGAAGCGGAGGAUUCUGAGUUUGAUGUCCACGAAGACAAUGUUGACUUAAGAGUGAUGCUCACUGAGGUUAUUGUCUCCUUCAAAAGCGCUAGUGCUCGACCCGAGCUGGAGAUUCGACUUGAAGACGAUUCAAAAGUCCCAACUGCAGUUCGAACUGAUCCUUCAAUGCUGAGACAGGUAAUCUCAAACCUGGUGGCCAAUGCAAUAGAACACUCAAGCGGCAAGCUUGUAACUGUAGGGUUGGAAUACCACAGCUCAUCAGACUCCAACACCAUGGUCGAAAUGUUCUUCAAAGACGACGGGAAAGGCAUGUCGGAACAGGAACUUGACUCUCUAUUCCAAGAUUUCGAACAAGUUCUCGAUGACGAAGAAAACCAAGCCACCGGCCUUUAUGAAGGCGGUAGAGCCCCGAUUCCUAUCUCCCUCGGUCUCGGUCUCGCUAUGACAGCUCGAUUCGUCCGCCUCAAUUGCGGCCAAAUAGCCAUCUCCUCCGAGCCAGGAAAAGGCACCAAAGUCUCCGUCAAAAUCCCCUUCAGGAAAGCAAUUCAAGACCCAAACAAAGACGUCGAACCCCCAGGAGGGAAGAGCUUACCCACUCCUCCCAUGUUAACUCCAGACAGCGCUCCAGGCGCCGUCGGACUUCCCAGCCACACGACUCCAGGAAUCUUAGAACGAGCUCAGAGUCUCGACACCAUUCUCCCACUCCGACAACAAUACAACAGUGCCCUUCGCGAACUGACUCCCGGUCCCGAAUCCCUCGUUUCAGUAGCGCACGCUGUGUCUCUUACCACGGCGCCUACUUUCGACCCUAACACGGGCCGCUACCCGUUCCCCACCGUCUCCACAAACUACCAGAGAGUAAACGUGCUUGUAGCGGAAGAUAAUCCACUGAACAGCAGAUUACUAGAAACAAGACUGACUCGACGGGGCCACGACGUUCGGGUAACAGUCGACGGACGAUCUUGUGCAGAGGUAUUCAAAGGCAGUCCCGACGCUUUCGAUGUCAUAUUGAUGGAUCUCCAAAUGCCCCUAGUAGACGGCAACGCCUCAACGCGCCUCAUCCGCGCCCACGAAUCCGACCACCUCUCCAAAACCGGCACUCCGCUCCCUACAUCCCCGAACUGCGCAUCCUAUGGUCGAAUACCGAUCAUCGCCGUCUCGGCGUCCCUCUCGGAACAGAGCUGUGGUGAGUACGUGGAUACUGGCUUCGAUGGCUGGAUCCUGAAACCGAUCGAUUUCACGAGGCUGGAGAUGAUUAUCGCGGCUGUGAUGGAUGAGGGGAUUAGGAAGGAGUUGUUGUAUGGGCGGACGCAGUGGGGGUUGGGGGGUUGGUUUAGGUUGAGGGCUGGGGAUGCUGCUGUUUGUUAAGAAUGGACUGUUGGAAGGGAAUGUUUAUGAGCUACGAAAAAUCGAUGUUGGGUAAUGAAUGAGUUCUGGGAACA